UGAACAGCUUCUCGGUGGGAGAAUGUUUCAUAAUAAAUACUACUUGACUUUUACUAGCUGCUCUGAAAGAGGAAGACAAGCCAAACAAUCUAACAAACUGUUCUUCUGGACUAGACUGAACCCUGCUGAUGUGGAACUCAACCUGUUCUUCUGGACUAGACUGAACCCCGCUGAUGUGGAACUCAACCUGUUCUUCUGGACUAGACUGAACCCUGCUGAUGUGGAACUCAACCUGUUCUUCUGGACUAGACUGAACCCUGCUGAUGUGGAACUCAACCUGUUCUUCUGGACUAGACUGAACCCUGCUGAUGUGGAACUCAACCUGUUCUUCUGGACUAGACUGAACCCUGCUGAUGGGGGACUCAACCUGUUCUUCUGGACUAGACUGAACCCUGCUGAUGUGGAACUCAACCUGUUCUUCUGGACUAGACUGAACCCUGCUGAUGUGGAACUCAACCUGUUCUUCUGGACUAGACUGAACCCUGCUGAUGUGGAACUCAACCUGUUCUUCUGGACUAGACUGAACCCUGCUGAUGGGGGACUCAACCUGUUCUUCUGGACUAGACUGAACCCUGCUGAUGUGGAACUCAACCUGUUCUUCUGGACUAGACUGAACCCUGCUGAUGUGGACUAGACUGGACUGGACUAGACUGAACCCUGCUGAU